CGGAUGGGGAUACAGUGCCAAGGAGGACUUACGGGCGAGAAGAGAGUGUUUUUUUUUUUUUCUUCUCAUGUGUGUUUUCUCUCUCUUCCGCCUGGCUUCCCUCAUGAGCUGUUAAUUCCAGCCCCGGUCCCGAGGAUGAGGAGGAUCUGUUUGUGAGGGAGACACAACAAAGAAAGAGAGAACAAGGAGCAACAGGGUGGUAAAUCCUGCGAGAAGAACUGAGCGAGAAGAUCUUUUCUUUUUCUCCGGGCUCGAGCAAGGAGUCCUGACUCCCUGCAGCAGUAGCCAUGUGAGAGGAGCUGCCAGCGAGCAGAGGAUGCCCACAUCCAGCUAAAUCCAAGCAGCUCCCCUCCUUCCUCCCUCCCUCCCUCCUGCACCUUCCCUCCCUCCUGCGCCCUCCCUUCUUCCCACAUGAGGACGAGAAAAUGACUAUCACCAGCCGGCAGUCCUUAAAUGUCCUGACGGUCAUUUUCCUUCUGCUGUCCACUGCAGCCCUCUCAGCUCAUUACCGGGUGUGUGAACCCUACUCUGACCACAAGGGGCGUUACCACUUUGGCUUUCACUGCCCACGCCUCUCAGACAACAAGACCUACAUGUUCUGCUGCCACCACAACAACACCGCCUUCAAGUACUGCUGCAACGAGACUGAGUUCCAGAUGGUCAUGCAGAUCAACCUCACCACCACCUCAGACGGAUAUGCACACAAUAAUUAUACAGCCCUGGUCGGCGUGUGGAUCUACGGCUUCUUUGUCAUGGUGCUGCUUGCGCUGGACUUUCUCUAUUACUCAGCCAUAAACUACGAGCUGUGCCGGGUCUACCUGGAGAAAUGGGGUCUGGGAGGACGCUGGCUAAAGAAGGCUCGGAGUCAGUGGCACAGGUCCAUGCCAGAGGAAAGUGAAGCCCAGGCUCAAGCCCAGCCCAUGGUCCCCAGCCACCACCAGCCCCGACACAGCCUGCGAGGGGAGAGCCACAGCCCUACGCUCCUGCCCUACAACACAUCCAACGCAUGAAUGAUGCUGCGAGUGGACAAACUAAAGAGUAGCAAACACCUUGUUCCCUUACGUGGUACAGAGGAGACGCCCCGCAAAUGCCCUCUCUCUGGACCACAGAUACAAAGACUACUUGUGGGCUAGCCAUACUGUUAGAAGUUAGAAGUGACUACUGCCCCUGUCUAAUGAGCACAAAACACCCAUGGACUGACAGGAGCAGGCUUAUAUGGCAUUUAGGAACCCAGCUGAACAAAGGUGGAAAGGAGACACGGAGGACAGUACUGCUGCUGCCACUGCAGAGGAGUGACAGACACCUUUAGCUGCUCAAAGGUGUUCAGUGAUCCCCUGAAAUGGCUGCCAAGGCCUGAAGUAUCACAAACCAAUCCGAGCUCAACUGGACAAACUGUACUCGCAAGCGAGGAGGCUUGCCGGUUUUUCGAAAAACAAAAAAUUUAAAAAAAAAAAAAAAAGGUCAUCUUUCUAGAUAUAGAAUGUUUAUUACACUGCUGUGUCAGUUUGUGUUCAGUAGCAGUUAGACACAGUUGUGGGUUAUCUAUAUGGUGAUUUAUUUAUGUGAACUAGUCAGAGAAAUAUAUGAGUGGUUAACAUUCGGAAAAUGUAACAGCUUAGGUCGAUGCUGAGCAUCUCACUUAGAGUAGAAUGUUUUUGUCACUUACUGAAGCCAGACACAAAAUGUCUCUGCAGCCAUGUUGAAAAACAAUAUCUUGUAUGAAAUGUUUUUGGUCUCCUUUCUGCAAAACAAACGAUUUCUCUAUAUUGUGAUGUGUCUGACAAGGACAUAACGCCAUACAGUUAAACUGCUGUAGAUCUAAAGGUUUUACAUUAGGUCAUCAAGAUUUCUCUUUGGUUUACCGACGGUGAAGAAAGGGAUCGUGAGUCUUAAUAAGUUAUUUCACCCGAAACAUUCAUGAGGAUCAGGGAUGCCGUCAGAACAGCAAAGCGCUUUAUGCUAAGUUAAACAUUACCUUCACCCUUGGCUCUGAGCCUACAACCCCAUUUGAGACCAUAAAAUACAUUAUAAGGGUAGUAUGUUACAGAUGCCAUGGUAAACUCAUCCAGUGACUUGUUUGCCCUUCCUCAUUACCGGAGCUGCCUGAAAAACAGCCCCAUUAGCAAUAUGAUGGAAAUAAAUAUCCAUUAGACUCCUUUAUAAGGAGCACUCCAUAUCCCACAUUGGUAACAGACAAUUGUAAGCGAUUAGCCGUAAUAGAAAAUCCAUUAAAGUCCCCUUCACUGUCAGCAAUAAUGUACAGUAGCUAAAUCCAUAGAAUGACAUGGUAUGUAAAAGUCAUAGAGGCCAGCCGAAUGAGCACUGGGUAAUCACUGAUGUGUAUCACAGACGUUUCAGAUUGGUUUAUAAUUAAAGUGUAGAUGAAGUCAAUGAAAUGGAUAUAUGAUAUUUCUGGAUAAUGAACUCAGCCAAUCAAUCAGCCAAUUAUUUUCUCAGUUGAUCAAUGAAUCUUUUGAUCUAUAAAAUGUCAGAAAAUAGUGAAAACAGCCUGUUAUGAUUUCUGACAGCUCGAGGUCAGGUAUUCAAAAGUCCAAAAACGAAGGAUUUUCAGUUCACUAUCGUAUAUGACAAAGAAAAGCACUAAAUCCUCACUUUUGGAACCAGCAAAGGACAAAUUACUGAAAUGGUUAAUCAAUUAUCAAAAUAAAUUCCUCUAGAGCUGCAACUAAGGAUUAAUUUCAGUAUUGAUUAAUCUGCCAAAUAUUUUCUAAAUAAUCGUUUGGUCUGAUAAGUGUCAGAAGACAGUAAAAAUUGCCCAUGACAAUUUCUUCAAAUGUCUUCAGAUUAUUCUUUGUCUGACAAACAGUACAAUAUCCAAAAAGCAGCACAUAUUCACAUCUGAGAAGCUGGAACUACGGAACCGUUUUACAUUUUUGCUUGAAAAAUAAUUCAAACGAUAAAUUGUUUAUCAAAAACGGUUCCAGAAUAAUUUUCUGUCGCAUAACUAAUACAUAAAUUGACGAUUUCAGCUGCACGAUCAUCACAUCGAAAUGAAAAUCUUACACUUAAUACUCAAAUCUGAAUGAACUGCUGAGGUAAAUUCUCUGUAAUCAUACAAUGCUGUCAUUUCUGUCUAAGGACAGCAAAACAAAGCAGCUGUUGAUGCCAGACUGUAUAUGAGUGACAGACUGUGAAGACCAGGUGGACAGAAGGUAGGUACAGUACGAGAGGAGAGCCUGUCCCAAUCUUACAUCUGUAACUGAUAACCUGGCAGUUGCUGAGCCUGUACGUGCACAAAAUCUCUGGUCUAUGCACACAUUGCAACUUUCUCAUCAAAAACUAACUAUUUAAUCACUGGGUCUUAUCAUCGCAUUCAUCCUCUCUGUUUCAUGAAGUUUAAGUGGACGAACCUCUGGUGAAGUGCUGUGAGCUGGGCCUGCUGGGCGUUAUCAGCAAUAAUGUUCAUAUUUGCUGAGUUGUUAGAGCAAGUUAAUUCCCAUUUCAAUGGCUCAAGUUUAAUUGCAUGUGCGCCCCAGCAGGCUCAUGCCAUCGCUUUCAGGGGCAGAGAAACAGGAUGCGUCCAAGUGAAAUAAUUGGCCCAGAAAUCAGCAGUGGUUAUAAAUGAUGCUGUUUUGCUCUCUCUCUGUAGCUGCCUCCCUAUUCCCAGAGUGCGAACAGCAGCGGAAUACAGGGAAGAGAAGUUUUUAACAGGUGCAGAAGCACAAAGGGGAUUUAAUUAGUCCCAAUGCUGGAUAAGUGGGAAAAAUCUAAUAUGUUAACGAACACGUCUCUUUUCAGGGUUCUCAGUUAUGUGUCCUGACCAGUAAUAAGGCAAACGAGGUCUGUUCUUAUCGCCAAUAAAGUAAUAAUUACACCCAGGGAAAAACAAAAAGCUUAAUUUUGCUUCUGACAAGCAGUAGCAGGGUCAAAAAUGAUUCCCUCUAGAGACAUACGAGGAAUCUUUCCCCCGUUUCUUAAAAUGUUACAACUUAGUUUUGUGAUGUUUUUUUGUUUUGUUGAAAACAGUCUUGACUCUGGCCUGAUGUGAUGUGGUACUGUAAAUCAUAUCAGCUCAACCCUCUUACCAAAUUAAAAAAAAAACACACAAAAAAAAACAAAAAAAAAAGAAAAGGAUGGGAAGACGGGAGCACACAUCUGUUUCAGUAUCUCCAGGUUGUCAUGGUAACAGUUGCCUUACAGUUGAAUAACCACCUGUACACAGAAGCUUUGUAGUGGCUGAUACCUCACAUUUUGGGUGUGGUGGUGGUGAUGAUAAUGUGUACCAAGUUCUGUCUAUGUAUUUACUACUAGAGAGAAUAUUCAGUACCGUUUUCAGUUGGAUUGUUAUUGCACUUGUUGACUUUGU